AUGCCGAAAAAAUUUCAAGGGGAAAAUUCUAAAGCCGCCGAAGCAAAAGCAAGAAAAACAGCAAUAAAAGAAGAACAAGACCUUAAGAAGAAACAACAAUUGGAAGAUGAAUACUGGAAGGAUGAUGACAAACAUGUCAUGAAAAAACUUCAAAGAAAGGAAGAAAAAGAUAAAAAAAAGUCAGAGCAGUUAGAAAAGAAAAAAGAGUUACAAAAACUUGCAGAUGAAGAAAUGGCUUCUCUUGCUAAAAUUUCAGCAAAAAAUCAACAGCCAUCUAAAUUAACAAGAACUCAAGUUGAAAUGCACAAAGAAGCUAUUAAUGCAUCUACAAAAACGAAACUACAACCAAAAGAGGAACCACUAGAAGAAAAUUUGAACAAAAUUGUGAUUGAAGGAGAAGUUGCCAGGACAGUGGAGGAUGCUAUCAAUCUGCUGAAUUCAACAGAGCUAGAAGCUGAUGCCCAUCCUGAGAAACGCAUGAAAGCAGCGUACCUGGCCUUUGAAGAAAAAUAUCUACCAAUCCUUAAAGCCGAAAAUCCAAACCUCAGACUCUCCCAAUUGAAACAGCUCCUAAGGAAAGAUUGGAACAAAUCAGCAGAAAAUCCUCUUAAUCAAGCACUCAAAUCAACCACGUCCUCCGCUAACUGA